AUUAUGAGCUCAGUGUCUAUAUUUUACAGGGACCUCCUGGAGCAACUGGUGCUGAAGGCAGACAAGGUGAAAAAGGUGCAAAGGGUGAACCUGGUGCAGAAGGGGCUCCUGGUAAAACUGGUCCAGUCGGUCCACAGGGACCUGCUGGGAAACCUGGCCCAGAGGGUCUCCGGGGCAUUCCUGGCCCUGUGGGAGAACAAGGCCUACCUGGAGCACCAGGUCAGGAUGGCCCUCCUGGACCUCUGGGUCCACCUGGCUUGCCUGGACUGAAAGGAGAUCCAGGUUCCAAAGGAGAGAAGGGACAUCCUGGUUUGAUUGGCCUGAUUGGACCUCCAGGAGAACAGGGUGAAAAGGGUGAUAGGGGUCUUCCUGGCCCACAGGGAUCUCCUGGAGCCAAGGGUGAUGCAGGAAUUUCUGGUCCUGCUGGUCCACUUGGACCCCCUGGUCCUCCUGGUUUACCUGGUCCCCAGGGUCCAAAGGGUUCUAAAGGAUCCAGCGGUCCUGCUGGUCAAAAGGGUGACAGUGGGUUACCUGGUCCACCUGGUCCUCCAGGCCCUCCGGGUGAGGUAAUCCAGCCACUGCCAAUCCAGUCACCCAAGAAGACAAGAAGAUCUCCUGAUUAUAUGUUAUCUGAUGCUGGUGACAAUAUUCUGGAUUAUUCCGAUGGCAUGGAAGAGAUCUUUGGUUCACUGAAUUCGCUGAAGCAAGACAUUGAGCACAUGAAGUACCCAAUGGGCACUCAGAAUAACCCUGCCCGAACCUGCAAAGACUUGCAACUCUGUCACCCAGACUUCCCAGAUGGGGAAUAUUGGAUUGAUCCUAACCAGGGCUGUUCUGGAGACUCCUUCAAAGUAUACUGCAAUUUCACAGCAGGUGGGGAAACUUGCAUCUACCCAGAUAAGAAAUCUGAAGGAGUUAGAAUUUCAUCAUGGCCAAAGGAGAAUCCAGGAUCUUGGUUUAGUGAAUUCAAGCGAGGCAAACUUCUCUCCUAUUUGGAUGUUGAAGGCAAUUCCAUUAAUAUGGUCCAAAUGACAUUCCUUAAACUACUGAGUGCCUCUGCCAGACAAAAUUUCACUUAUAACUGUCACCAGUCUGUAGCUUGGCAUGACGCCCCAUCUGACAGCUAUGACAAAGCACUGAGGUUCUUAGGAUCGAACGAUGAAGAAAUGUCUUACGACAACAAUCCUUACAUCAAAGCUCUUCACGACGGCUGUGCAUCAAGAAAGGGCUAUGCAAAGACAGUGAUUGAAAUCAACACGCCCAAAAUAGACCAAGUGCCCAUAGUUGAUGUGAUGAUCAAUGACUUUGGUGAUCAGAACCAGAAGUUUGGAUUUGAGGUCGGUCCUGUCUGCUUCCUUGGUUAAGCUUAAGACAAAAUCAGAUCAACAAAAAUGUUGCACUUUGGUGCUACCAACCCACUUCAUGCCACAUGCAAGUUUUGAAUAAGGAUGGCAUAGAAAAUGUGUCUUGCUGUGUAUGUAUGUCUUAUCUAGAAAGUAAUCAUUGCCCUUGUAGGGCCAGAAUCACAUGACUUAAACUUAUUUUGCAAAGAUGCUGUGGCACAGACAGACAACAUAGGGCUCACUUCAGGAACACCCCCUUUGGAUUCCUCUGGUGCUGUAAAAAAUGAACGACAUGGUGCUCCUUCCAUUACAACAAAGAGGUGUUAAGAAAGUGUUUAAUAAACUGUAAUUAUUCUAUGUACAGUACUAUACUGUUAUUUCUCUGUCCAUUUCCAAAACUUGCAUGUGUCUCUGAAUUGCAUCUGGCUGUUAUUUUACAUUUACAAAACUACAUGGUCAAUACUGUGUAUGUAUUCUGAAAAAAUAAAACUGUAAUUGCCGGUGAAGCCAAUUCCAUUUCUGAUUAAUAAUAAAAUCCCUUUGUAUAUAUUGUUGUGAAGAGCUUUGUUAUUUGAAGUUGCCAGUAAACUUAAGGUGGCAAAACUGGAAGAUCUUGAGCAGCACACUCAAACAACUCUUUUCUGCUGAUAUCACUCUGUGACAAUGAAUUUUGAUAAUGAAAGCACCUUCAAAGGUGCUGUGUUCCAUGGUGCUAAUACCUCAGACUUCUUAUUUUCUUUUCUAAUUCCAUAAUUUCAUAAGAUAACUGUAUAUACCUAAAAGAAACAAGUUUAUAUUUUUGGGUGGGGAAAAUAUGUAAGAAAAAACCAAACUUCUGUGUAAGAGAACUGUUAAAAAAUCUGUGUGAAAUAAAUUAGUCAUAUAGGUUUCCUUUGUUGUUUUUUUUUUUUUUUUUUUAAUCUCAUCUAGAUUUGUUUCCAUUGUGCUUAUUUGGUCUGCAUAAAUAUAAAAACUGAAUUCUAAACAGUUAUUUAUGGAGUUUUGCAGUGUUUACUUAGAUGUUUAUGUAAGCAAUGGAUGCUUGCUUCCUGAACUGGAUACUAAAAGUUCCACAGAAUGGUCCUAUACAAUAUUUGCCCGUCCCAUUAAUAUGAAUGAUUUUUCUUCCUGUUAUUCCACCUGAAGGCCAGGGAUGCAAUAUGUCUAGGUCAUGUGAUUCUACACAGUUGCUAAGCAACAUACGAGGGACUGCUUCCUACAGAGCUGUCUUUGACCCAAACCCUUACGAUUCGCUAUUCAAAGCUCACCAAAAACACAGGUUGGUUUGGCCUUCCCUCUGAACAUUUUAUUCAGGUAGUUGGAAGUAGAAAUGACAUUUUAGCUUUACAACACAAAUCCUUUUGUAAUUAUUUUUCAUAAUAUAUGUAAGACUUGAAAAGAAAUGUUUGUUUCUAUUUCUUAUAAAUUGUUAAAUUAAAUAGUACUAGUUUCUGCUGGCUCGUUUCCAACUGGUAUUUUCUUAUGCACAUUUAUACAUGUAAAAGUGAGAUUUCAAAAGUCAACUUCUUGCUGUUCAUAUUUUCUUUUAUUUUUGAACCAAAGUUUGUAACUGUCACCUCAAAGAGGAAAAUACAAAUUUUAUUAAUAAAAUCAAGUCUUGUCUAUCUGGA